GUUUCACUUUCGUGGUGUGUGUUUGUUGUGUUUAUAGUUUUGUGUUGCUUCAAUAGGAAAGCGACGACUUGUCAAUAUACUUUUUGAGUUUAGUUACCUUUAAUUAAGAAAGAUGCAAGAGCAAGAUCAAGCUGUGUACAUUCUAAAAUUGAAUAAAGCUUCUACGAACACAUAUUCAUUUGAUUCACAGAACAGGAAGCGGUUGCAAGAAAACUGUGAGCCACAGGUAACACACAUGCUGUGCAAACGUAUCAAGUUGGAACAGGAAGAGGGAGAAUCCUCAAAUUAUGAAGAUAAUGAACCAAUGGAGUGUUUGGUUGCGGAACUACCUGAUGUUUGUACAGAAACUGCAGCUGAGGAAUUAGUUGGAGUGGAGGAAGAAGUAGUUCUAGAACAAGAAGAGAUUGUUCCUGAAGUCGGAAUCUCUGAAGGGCAGAUUGAUAUAGAUGAUGAUGACAUCCUCGUGCAACAUAUGGAUAUACGGGAACCCUUGUCCAAGCUUCGUUCCCUACUGGAACAAAGGCUAAAUACUUCACUCACAGAAUAUAGCUUCUGGCUGCAAGAUGCCCAAACGCUUGAGAGUCACAAGAACUUGGUUGAUCAAUGUGUUCAGGGUGAAGGACUAGUCCAAAUUAAUGUGCAAAUAAAAAUUGAUGGAGACAUUAGGAAAAUAAACAUUGUUGAUGUGCUGAAACCAGCUGAGGAUAUCGAGCUGGGUGAUGAAAUUCCAGAGGAAGAUGAAGAGGAAGAAGAACUGCAACAGCAGAAACCUCAAAACGUUAUUCGAUGGGUAGUUGAUAGCAACUAUAAACGGGAACAAGAAAAACUGAAAAUACCCACAGAUCCAGCAGAAUGGUCAGUGACACAUGUGCGGCACUGGCUUACGUGGGCAGUGCGUACAUUCAACCUGGCAGGCCUACGGCUUAUGGACUGGGCCAUUACAGGAAAGCAGCUCCUGGCCCUCACACCCACUGAGUUCCACCGUAAAGUGCCCUCCGACCCAGGAGGUAUAUUUUGGACCCAUCUUGAGCUUCUGCGAAAGACAAAAAUGGUUGUGGUCAUGCAGAAAUCUCAGUCAGAUCCCUCAUCGCCCUCUGUCACACCACCUCCAGUUAUUGCCCGAGGCAGACCAACUCGCAUUCAGCAGAAACUUGGAAAAUUGCCACGUGUUGUCGGUCUCCCGCUUAGUGUUGUUGAAGCCAGUGGAACACUCAUAGGAUGUGGGAAUCGUACAGGCAAUAAUGGCCAGAUACAACUCUGGCAAUUCCUUCUGGAACUUCUGACUGACAAGGAGCAUGUUGAAGUGAUCCAGUGGGAAGGGACAGAGGGUGAAUUUAAACUUACUAAUCCAGAAAUGGUCGCCCAGCUGUGGGGAGAGCGAAAGAACAAGCCAACAAUGAACUACGAGAAACUUUCUCGUGCCCUCCGUUAUUAUUAUGAUGGUGAUAUGAUUGCCAAAGUGCAUGGGAAACGUUUUGUGUACAAGUUUGUAUGUGACCUGAAGAAAUUACUUGGUUAUAGUGCCCGUGAACUGCAUAAAUUGGUCACAGAGUGUGCAAAUGCUCAUGCUCAGGCUCGUUUAGAGUCCAAUUUUUCAAGCUGAGCUGUAAAUAAAAAUGCCAUACUGUAAAAAGUAUAAAUAUGCAUAAAAAUGUUAAAUUUUUAUGUUCCAUGAUAUUGCUAUUUGCCUGAUUUUUGUCUGUGAUUUCGAUCUAUUUGUGACCUAGAUUGGUUGCUGGAGGAAGUGAAUGUUUACACCAGGAAUAAGGAGAAACUCACAGCAAGUUACAGCAAAUAUAAUUAAAUUGUAAUGAAGCAAACCUGACUACAUAGCUUUCCCCCCAUAACUGUUCAUUUUUUGGAAAUUGAUUAAGGUGCCAAGUCAGAACACUCGUGUACUAUGAAUGUGCUUUAAGGUAUACAGAAAAUUAGUUGUCACACUGGUAACAUACUAUUAACUCCUGUUCUGAAAUGAGUGUGGUUUGUUUGGACUUGAGGGGGAAAAAAUUAAGAAUUUGCAGUGAGGAGGAAAUGCUUGUUCAAGAAGCUACACAUACAUUCAUUGUAUUGGUGACUGGCCGAAAAACAUUGCGUACUGUACUUAAAUAGGGGAAGAAAAUUUCUAUUUACCAGAGGGCAGGAGCUGUAAAGAUAAACAAAACAACCUUCUGAUAAGUAAAAGUUUUUCUUAUCUGUAUUUUAAAACACUUUCCAUUUGGAGUGGUUUUUUCCACUCUCCUGGUAAUCAUAUUAAAUAUAAGUGAUGUGUAUGGAUGUCUAUGUUCUACAUCUGUGUCAAUAGACAUGCAUUUACCCACUGAA